CUGUGAGUAGUAAUGUGAAGAAUGUGUCCACAGUGGACUGGCUUCAGCUGCGGAACAGUUGGAGGAGACCUUCUCUGGACUUUUCUGCCUUAAGGAGCUUCCUCAGUCUUUCUGAAGAUGGAGUCACGCACCAGUGUUCAGUGUAAAAUCGUGCUGGUGGGAGACAGUGAGUGCGGGAAAAGCGCUUUGCUUAAUGUGUUCGUCAAAGACAGCUUUCCAGAGUGCUACGUGCCCACGGUGUUUGAGAACUACACAGCCACCUUCGACCUUGACAUGCAGAGAGUGGAGCUGCGACUGUGGGACACUUCAGGUUCUCCCUACUACGACAACGUGCGUCCUCUCUCCUACCCUGACGCAGACGCAGUCCUCAUCUGCUUCGACAUCAGCCGGCCGGAGACGUUAGACAAUGUGCUGAAGAAGUGGAGAGGAGAGAUUGAGGAGUUCUGUCCGCACACCAAGAGGCUGCUGGUGGGCUGUAAGUCGGACCUGAGAACAGAGCUCUUCACCAAGGCCCACAGCAGACACACUCCAGUAUCAUAUGACCAGGGCUCCAACACGGCCAAGCAGCUGAGCACCCCCUACCUGGAGUGUUCCUCACUGCAGUCUGAGAACAGCAUCAAAGACAUCUUCCAUGUGGCCACGCUGGCCUGUGUCAGCAAAAGUAACAAGAACGUGAAGAGGAGGAAGUCCAGAGCCGCUAAGAGGAUGUCUCAUAGUGGAGGAGACAUGUCAGCUGUAGUGUCCACACAUUACCAGCAGACCAAAGCUAAGAGCUGUGCUGUCAUGUAGACACAGACAGUGCUGAAGCAGGUACUGAUGUGGUUGCUUUGGACACUGGCAGAAUGUGACUUCCAACCACCCUUACCUGCGACUACAGGGAUCUGCUGAGAGGGAUGAACAAUGAGAGCGCUGUGGGGUUUGAUACUGUGAAGACCCCCAGCGCAUGAUGAAAGACGUGAACUUUCCGUAGUUUACAUAUGAGGAACUCGGCAGGUGAUUGGCUGGGUCAUGUGUUCACUACAGCAGGAAGUCUGGAUCUCCUCCCGCUGUGUUCUAGCUGUGAGCUUAAAAAUGUCCGGAGCAACUUCUGAAGACAUUUGCGUUGUCACAUAUAGGUCUUGACGAUUUCAGAAACCUGUGCAUGUGUGAAAGUCACAGCAGCAGCAACAUUAUUUUCUUCCCAUGAUUUUUGUAGAUGUAUGUACAGUUUUUACAUCCUCUGUGCUCUUCCAACUGUUUAAUUUGCAUUUACAAAUCUGUGUUUCGUAUACUCUGUACACAUGUGUUUUUCCUUAGCUGCAUCCAUUUGAUCGCUCAUUUAAGUGAUAGUUCUGGUGUUUUUUAAAUGUGGUGUGGUGUGAGGAAACUGUUCACUCUCCUGCACCAAAGCUCAUAGAGAAAAGGUGCGUUUUUAGCUUACAAAGAAAGGAGCUGCGGCGUAGUUUGGUAAGUUUGCCUCAGUUAUUUAAAUCCAAACAAAAACACUUCCAACGUCAGUGUCACAAAAUAACACAUUUUAACUGACUGAUGGAGGCAACAGGGGGAUCAACAGCUUCUUUGAGUGGUGAUGUGAAAUUGCUGAUUUUCUCUAUGGACUUUGGUGCAGCGAGAGUGAGCAGUUCAUCCAUUUCUCCAGUUUCCUGUUGGUAAAGGCUGUAAGAGUAACAUAUUCUUCAGAUGUCACAGACUUUAGAUGACAUAGACUUUAUUAGGUGAGUGUUUUGUAAAGUGGCUAAAAUGUAGGACAUAGAGCUGUCUACCUGUCUGACACAUCCCAGAGAAAAACACCUUAUCAAAAGCUACUACUUCUUAUGGUUUUAGAAAGAAAAGGAAUACACAGAGAAGGACGGAUAGACAUUCUGACCAAUGUACUGUAUCUCACCUCGCUAUAGUGAACACGAAGGAUGUCUGUGACUUCAUUUUGUUGUGGCAUGUUUACCUGCGCCACCUUUUCCAGGACUAUUCCUGCAGUGGACACAUCUCAUGAGCAGAUAGUGGGGAGUGCACUGUGUCUUGUCAAAUUUUGAAAUUGAAAACAUUUAUGUAAGUGUUUUUGUGCUGUGUUUAUUUUUUUUUAUUUUGUAUUUUUAAAAUAUAUGUUUGAUGAUGUA